CCUUUUCGCUCCCGUAUUCGACGCCACUGUUAGAAUUCCGGCGCAGUCGCAUAACCUUCAAAACACUAAACAGUCUUGUUGUACAUAACCUCAAAUUUUAAAUGUGAUUCACACAAACCUGAAAAUGUUUCAAUUUAGUAAAAACGACAUGAUGCGUGUCAAGCACUACGAUCCGGAUCGGUUGGAAUUCUCCCUCUUCACAGAUGACGACAUAAAGAAGCUUUCCGUUACCAAAAUUGCCUCACCGCUCACCUUCGAUGCCCUAGGUUACCCCUUACCGGGAGGCCUUUACGACCGUCUGAUGGGACCCGUCAACUCGAACAGCGAGCAGUGCAAAACGUGCUGCAAGAACUUCAACUACUGCCCGGGUCACUUCGGUUACAUCGACCUGCCGUUACCCGUCGUAAAUCCGGUCUUCCACAAAGUGCUCGCUUCCAUUCUGAAGAUCGCCUGUCUCCAUUGCUUUCACGUACAGAUUUCACCGCAAGUCAAAUACUGCCUGUGGUUGCAGAUUAAGCUGCUCAACUACGGAUUUACGACAGAGGCGAUCGAGAUCGAGAUAAAGUUUCAGGAUGUUUUUUUGAACCCGAUUGGCAAGGAUGGUACCGCGCAUAUGGAGCAGAUUAAGGAGUACGAAAAGUUAAUUGAAAACAGUUCGGUGCAACUCCACGAUCGUGUCCUGAACAACAAGAACAUGGAGGGUUUACGAAACGACUUCAUAAAUUCGAAAAUGAAAAUGCCAAUCGGGAAAAAGUGCAUGCACUGUCACCAACCCAUAACGAAACUACAAGUGGCCCGAAACCGUAUCGUAAUCUCGACGUCGGUAGGCGGCGGUGUCAAGUCGAACCGGCCGAAGUACAUGGCGCCCGAGGAGUCAAGGAGUUACCUGCGAAAAAUCUGGGACCACGAGAAGGAUUUCGUGCGUGAGAUCGUCCCCGCCCUGUCUGGCUUGACCAUUCCGUAUCCGACCGAUACCUUUUAUUUUACCGUUAUUCCGGUAACGCCGCCGAAUACCAGGCCGGCGAACGUACUUCAAGGUCGCGUGGUCGAAAGCACGCAGUCGCAAAUCUACAAGGACAUCUUAAACACCUCGUUACUCCUCCGGAUAAUCAUACAGGUCGUGCAACACAAGGGUGAUGUCGACGUGCUCUCGGUCGAAGCGAAGGGAAUGUACACCACCGCGUACGGGUCGUCUCCCAUCGAGAAGCUGAACAACUCCUGGGAGAGUCUGCAGAUGAACGUCGACUCGCUAAUCGACCAUACGAGGGAGAAGGGCUCGGGCGAGGGCCUGAAGCAGAUCAUCGAGAAGAAGGAGGGUUUAAUUCGCAUGCACAUGAUGGGGAAGAGGGUCAACUUUUCGGCGCGUUCGGUCAUCACGCCCGAUCCCAACUUGAACAUCGACGAGAUCGGCGUGCCCGAAGCGUUCGCCAAGCACCUGACCUAUCCGGUACCGGUCACCCCGUGGAACGUCACGGAGAUGCGAAAGAUGAUCAGCAAUGGCCCGAACGUACAUCCUGGAGCUGUACAGGUGGAGUUCGAAGACGGAACGAUUAGAAAAAUCAAUCCGCGUGACGCGAGCCAGCAGGAGAGUAUUGUAAAGCGUCUUCUUACACCGGACGAUAAGGGGACGGGUUUUACCGGUGUGAAAAAGGUCCACCGACAUCUCUGCAAUGGCGACGUCUUGCUCUUGAAUCGUCAGCCGACUUUACACAAACCGAGUAUCAUGGCGCACACCGCCCGCAUUCUCAAAGGCGAGAAAACUCUAAGGCUGCACUACGCCAACUGCAAGGCGUACAACGCCGAUUUCGACGGUGACGAAAUGAACGCGCACUUCCCGCAGAACGAGCUCGCGCGCAGCGAAGGUUACAACAUCGCUCACGUCUGCAAUCAAUAUCUGGUACCGAAAGACGGGACGCCCCUCAGCGGCCUAAUCCAAGAUCACGUGAUAUCCGGCGUGAGACUUUCCCUGCGCGGCCGCUUCUUCGCCAAGCACGACUACCAGCAGCUCGUCUUCCAGGCCGUCUCGUUCAGAACCGACGACAUCGUCACGCUGCCGCCCGCGAUCCUUAAACCGACGCCGCUCUGGUCGGGGAAACAGGUCCUCUCGACCGUAAUUCUCAACGUGAUUCCGCGCGAUCGUCAGGCGAUUAACCUGAAGUCGGUCGCGAAGAUUAGCCCGAAGGCGUGGCAGAACGCGACGCCGCGAGCUUGGAGAGGAGGGGGAACGCCGUUCGUGAACGAUUCGGAUAUGUCCGAGGCGGAGGUGGUGAUACGCGGCGGUGAGCUAUUGGUGGGCGUGCUCGAUAAGACUCACUAUGGCGCCACCCCUUUCGGGCUGGUUCACUGCAUCUAUGAGCUUUACGGCGGAACGUACGCGACCAAGCUGCUCAGUUCGUUCGCGAAGCUGUUCACCUCCUUCCUGCAGCACGACGGUUUCACCUUGGGCGUUCACGACAUUCUCAUACUGCCCGACGCCGACAAAAAGCGUCGCAAGGUAAUCAAACGGCUGCGCAAGCUGGGCAACUCCGUGAUGACGGUCGCGCUGGAUCUGCCGAAGAACGCCGAAACGGACGACAUCCUCGAGACGGCGGCGCGGGCGAGCGCCGGUAACGUGAACAUAAAGGCGAUAGUCGAUCGCGAGUACAAGGCGGUUUUGGAUCCCUUCACCAACGACAUCAAUAAGGCCUGUUUGCCCGCAGGUUUAAUAUGCAAGUUUCCCUACAACAACCUGCAGCUAAUGGUCCAGUCGGGAGCGAAAGGGUCCACCGUCAAUACGAUGCAGAUCUCGUGCCUGCUCGGGCAGAUCGAGCUGGAGGGGAAACGUCCGCCCGUAAUGAUUUCGGGAAAGAGCCUACCCAGCUUUCCAAUCUUCGAGUUCAGCCCUCGCGCGGGCGGUUUCAUCGACGGCCGCUUUAUGACCGGCAUACAACCGCAGGAAUUUUUCUUUCACUGCAUGGCCGGUCGUGAGGGUCUAAUCGAUACAGCGGUCAAGACCAGUCGCAGUGGUUACUUGCAGCGUUGCCUUAUUAAGCAUCUCGAGGGUCUAACGGUCGGCUACGACUUGACCGUGCGCGAUAGUGAUCAGUCGGUAAUUCAGUUUCUGUAUGGGGAAGACGGAAUGGACGUGACCAAGACCCAAUUUUUGAAUAGCAAACAAAUCGAGUUUCUCAAGGAGAACUGUGGCGCCAUCAUUAAUAGAGGGGUGGUGAAACAGAUGGAAAAGGAAAUCGCGAAAGUGAACGAUCUGAUCGAGCAGCAAACGCUCUGGCGGACCAGCAACGGCGACGUCUUGCAGAAGCGACGCCGCUCUCCGUUCACGAUAUUCUCGACUACGGUGAAGGAUAAGAUUAACGUGAGCAACGAGAAUAAGUGCAGCCGUCGCACUGGACGGUCCAAAUUAAGCAAGAAUAUCGUAAAGUUGUGGGAAAACGCCGAUGAGGAAUUAAAAUUUGGAUUUAAAAAGUACUGUGAACGUUCGCCUGACCCCUUGAACAGUAUAGAACAGCCCGACGCCACCUUCGGGGCGUUAUCCGAACAAUUACAGUCGUUGAUCGCCAAACACUCGUACUACAACAAGAAAAAAGACAAGGAGUUCCAAAGGAUGGUCAGAUACAAGGCCAUGCAGUCUCUGUGCGCACCCGGCGAGCCCGUCGGACUUCUGGCGGCGCAAUCCAUCGGCGAGCCGUCCACCCAAAUGACCUUGAACACGUUUCAUUUUGCCGGUAGAGGCGAAAUGAACGUCACGCUGGGAAUACCGCGCCUGCGCGAAAUUUUAAUGAUGGCGUCGAAAAACCCGAAGACGCCGUCGAUGGAAGUUCCGUUUCUGAACGUUCCCAAUCAGGAGAAGCGCGCCGAGCACUUGAGGCGAAUACUGACGAGGGUUACGGUCGCGGACGUCUUGGAGAAGAUCGAGGUGGUCGUGCGGCAGGAAACCGAGCCGGUCAGGCAGAUGAAGUACCGGCUGCGAUUCAACUUCCUGCCGCACGAGCUCUACAGCAGCAAGUACAACAUCAAACCGAAAGGAGUUUUGAAACACAUGACGAAGAAGUAUUUCGCCCAAAUGUUCACGUUACUGAAACGGCAAACAAAGAUGGUCACUAAUGUGGUGGUGAUGGGGAAGGAUAAGGGGAGUAGAAACAAGGACGACGACGAUGAUGACGACGUGCCGGAGCCGACGCAACCCAAGGUUGAGGACAGUGAUGAUUCGGGCGAUGAGCCUGAAGACACGGAGGAUGCCAAGUUGGUCACUAAAUAUGAGCAAGCUAAUGACGAUCAAGAGAACGAAGAGGAGGUCAAGUCGGAUGAUGACGAGGAAGUAAGUGAGCCCGAUGAUGCCGUCGCCGAUCAUCAAGAAGUUGUAGACUCGUACGUGUACGCUCAAAAUUACGUGUUCGACAAAAAGAAGUACUUAUGGUGCGAAUUGACUUUUGCCCUACCUUUGACUCACAAAAAAUUAGACAUGACCAGCAUUCUGAGGGAUGUGGCUAACAAGUCGGUCAUCUUUGAAACGCCCAACAUCAAACGGGCGAUCACUUACAUCAAGGACAAUACGUUGAUACUACGCACGGAUGGCAUCAAUAUCACGGAAAUGUUCAAGUACAACGACCUGCUCGACUUGAACAAGCUGUACUCGAAUGACAUACACAAAUUCGGCGAAACGUACGGCAUCGAAGCCGCGACGAAAGUCGUGGUCAAAGAAGUUCAGGAGGUCUUUAAGGUUUACGGCAUCACGGUCGACCCCCGCCAUCUCCUCCUAAUCGCCGACUACAUGAUGUUCAACGGGACGUUCGAGCCGCUCAGUCGGCGAGGUAUGAGCAGCAGCGCGUCGCCCUUCCAGCAGAUGUCGUUCGAGGCGUCCCUAAACUUUCUCAAGUUGGCCACCGUGAACGCGAAACGGGAUAACCUGCAGAAUCCGUCGAGCUGCCUCGUGCUGGGUAAACCGUGUCACUCGGGCACCGGGGCGUUUAAGUUGCUGCAAAGAAUGCAGUUGGCGAAAUGUUAAAGUUGUUGUUUCCUAUUUUUUUAAUAUAAACUUAACACGUGUCUAA